AGAAAAAAGAAAGAGGAUUUGCCAGCUCUUUAGAUAAUGAAAGGGUUUGGGGGGAGUAGUCUAAUCAUACACCUACACAAGAAAAGAGCGGGAACUUGGGCACGAAAACCAUCCUUACAGUACUAUAAAAAGUGAGAGAGAGUGAGUGAGUGAAGGGGUGAGAGAGAAAGAAAGACAGAGAGAGAGAGAGAAAUUUAUUUCGUGGGUUUUGUCCAAGAACGAAGAAGCCCUGCUCUCUCACCCUGCAAGUGGAAAUGGCGACCAAGAAAAGGAAAUCAAUGAAGAAAGAAGAGGAAAAGAUUGAGGUGGCGGAAAAGGUUUAUCCUCCUCCUGUCCCGAGGGUCACUCGUGCUGCGGCUCGUCGAGCUACUGAUGGAACCAUCGUCCCGGUACCUGAGGUGAAAGCUGAAACAUCCACCAAGAAGAAGAAGAUGAAGGUUAAGGUCGAACCCAAAAUGAAGACCAUCGUCAUUGAACACUGCAAACAAUGCAAUGCCUUUAAGACAAGGGCUCUCCAGGUGAAACAGGGGUUGGAGGAUGGUGUCUCUGGAAUCACAGUUGUGCUCAAUCCAGAUAAGCCUAGAAGGGGCUGCUUUGAGAUUCGUGAGAAAGACGGCGAGACAUUCAUCAGCCUUUUGGAAAUGAAGCGACCAUUUCAGCCGAUGAAAGAUUUGGACAUGGACAAAACCAUCAAGGACAUAGUUGAGAAGAUUAAAUGAAGGUUACAGUUUUAGGGGCAGUUGUUUUUACAGUAAUAGUAUUUUAUUGUUUUUUUGAUUAGCUAAAGUUUGUCUUUGACAAUAGAAUACAGUGGUAUAGAUCUCAUUGAUCUCUUUUUGGUAUUGCCAUUACUGAUUCUGACAUGACUGAAGCUUACAUUACAUGUUAAGAGUAGCUGUUGUAGUUGGAUGUUUUAGAGGUUUGUUUAGAGUUUGCUAUCUUGUGUCUUUGUUAUGGUGAAACUCUUUGCCUCGAUGAAUGAAAAUUAGUUGUUAUGUUUCUCUAAA